UUGAAGACACCCCCCCCCCCCCAUUCAUUGAGUAUCAUGAAAACAAAUGCAUUUCCCCCUUUUUAUGAAAGCAUACUACUGAUCAUAACCAUUGCCCUGCCCAGGAUCUUUAAUGUGUGAUCUGUAAAAAGCACAAUUUAAGCAUACUUUUGUAAGUCUCUUAAGCAUUGGCAUUGCAGGUAGUAUUUCGGCUGCUGUUUCCCUGGUGUCCAGUGAUUAAAACUCUUUGCUGUUCACAUCAUGAUUUGCUGUGAUUAUAAUUUCUAUAAAUGAGGAUACCACAUUUAAAGUUCUCUAUCAGAUUCUUGAAUAUAAUAUAAUUCAGCUUGGAGAGAAGAUACAAAGAGUACUUAAAAUAUAUGAUCAAAACAUUUUCCCUGUUUUUCAGGCGUCAGGAUACUUCCAGGAUAACCAGACUCAAAGACUUUGAACACUCAAAAAUGAGUACAGCAAAAAAAGCAAAAAUGGUUGGUGGAAGAUCAUUCCAAGAGACCUGGACAGAGUCAUUUGGAGUGAUUGAAUGCAAGGGAAAAGCAUUAUGUAUUAUGUGUAAUGAAAGCGUUGAUUGUUGGAUAUCAGGUGUCAGACGGCACUUUGAGACUAACCACAGAAGUGUUGCAAAACUUGGUGAAACUGCAAGAAAAGAGUUUCUUGAAGGAAAAUUGAGGAAAUAUCAUUCCCAGUACCUUGCCAGUUUUCACAUGUCACUGUGCAUAGCAAAACAUAGUGAGUCCCUCUCUGAUGGAGAUAUUUUCAAAACAGCCGGUGCUGUCUGGGAGUAAUUCACUUUUUUAUGAUUUCCAAAACAAAGAUGAAAUUAUUCAACACAUCUCUGAGAUACCACUUAGCUGAAAUGAUGUUGAGGAUCGAGUCCAGCGCAUGGCAAGUGAUGUUAGUCAGCAGCUUACCGCUGAUUUACAAAAGGCAGCCUGUUAUUCCAUGUGCUUGUAUGAAAGCAUAGAUAUAAACAACCAUGCAAGGCUAGGAAUAAUUUUACGUUAUGCUGUUGGUGACAUCAUGAGAGAAGAGCUGGUAAAACUGGUGUCUUUGCCUGAAAGAAUACAAGGGAUAGAUAUCUACAAUGCUGUGAUGGAGGCUUUUUUGUCACAAGACAUAAGACCAGAGAAAGUGGUUUCAUUUACUAGUGAUGGAUCACCCUCUAUUGUGGGGGCAACAUCUGGUUUCAUACAGUUCUUUGUCAAAGAAACAAAACAUCAAGUCAUUCAGUUCCAUUGUAUUACAUAUCAAGACGCUCUUUUUAGCAGGGAAAGCAGCAAAAAAUUUGAUGAUGUCCUCAAAGAUGUUACAGAAAUGGUGAAUUUCAUUGUGGCUCAUGCUCUGAAUUGUCAACAGUUUCAAGCACUUCUUGAGGAGGCUCAGGCACAGUAUAACUGUUUAUUUAUGUACAGUAAUGUCCAGUGGCUGAACAGAGGACGAGUCCUGGAGAGGUUUGUAGCCUGUCUGGAUGAAAUUAGGCUAUUCAUGACUGAAAAUGGGCAGGACUAUCCACAGCUCACUGAUAUGGCCUGGCUUGCCAACCUCAUGUUUCUUACAGAUUUUACAGUACACUUCAAUGUAAUGAGCAAAAAACUAGAGGGUGUAGGGAAAACAGCAGAAAGGAUGUUUUGUGAUAUCAAAACAUUUGAGAGGAGACUGCAGAUUUUUGAAAGAGACCUUGAAAGUGGGCAGCUGAAAUAUUUUCCAAAUCUAAAAAUGCAUCUAGAAAAUUCUACAACAUUUGCAGAUGGCCCUACAGUCUUCAAAGAAUUUUCUUGCAUUGUAGCCGCUGCGAAGGUGAAUUUCAGUAAUAGAUUUUUACAGUUCCGUAAGAUGGAGACAACCCUAUGUUUUCUUACUUCUCCAGAUAAAACCUAUUUUAAAGAACUUGAUCUUUCCUGCUUACAAUGGUUAGAUUUAGAAAAUCUGGAAAUGGAGCUUGUUGAAUUUCAGGAAAACUCUGUGUGGAGAAAUAAAUUCUAUGACCUGUGUUACACACUUGAGAAGAUAGAAAGUAUGACACCAGAGAGCAAGGUUAGUGCUGAAAUUGAAAUCCUUAAAGUGUGGAAUUAUCUGCCAAAUCAAUUUAAGUCAAUGAAAGCACUUGGGAUUGCUUUCCUUACUUUGUUUGGAUCAUCUUAUGUUUGUGAAUAGCUGUUUUCUGCUUUGUACUGUAUUGAGUCUAACACUAGAAACAGACUAUCUGAUGACUUGAGUGCUGCAUGUGUUGCUCUCAAACUAAGUAUGAGCCAAGGAUAGAAAAAUUAGCAUGCAUACAACAGCAAAAAUCACAUUUAAUUGUUCAGAGGCGUGCCAAAUAUAAAUUGUUACCUUUCAAUAAAAUGUUGUUUGUAUUAUUGAAAACUCUGCUGUUGUGUUUUAAGACAAAAUAUGUUAAUGUUUGAGUUGUUUUUCCUAAACUAAAAUUUCAGCAUUCAGGUUAAAUUGCCGUGUUGGCACUUUGCAAUAAAUUAGUGGGCUUUGGGUUGCAGUUUGGGCACUCAGUCGCUAAAAGGUUUGCCAUCACUGGCCUACUCUAAUUGGGACUAACCAACAGAAUUCCAGACAUUGGGUCACUGGUCAGUCUUAUGAUCUUGGAAACUGAAUAAAUUACAGCUUAUCAAGAAAACUGCUUCUAACUCCAUAUUUGUCUAUUAGAUGCAACAUUUUUCUGUGUAAAUAUUUGGUCAGGCUUGUUCACAAGGUCUGUUAUGUGAAUCAGCUUCUGUGUGGGACUGCAUACAACUUCGUUCUCCAUACAAACAUUUUGUUAUAAUAGAGAGGCCAUAAGCAUGAAGCUGAACAGAUUAUAAUGAUAUUUAAGUAAACUUCUGACUGGUCCCAUAGACCUGAGGGCAUGUGGCAAGGACCCAUGUAACUUAAUGGAUGUAAGUACAGCUGUUUUCCACACCCUCUGCUGUGUGCAUUUCCUCUCAAAGGUGACAGAGGUUUGUUAGCCUAAGCGUUAAGCCCAUCUUUCUGCUAACACCCAUGGUAUAUUCCCAUACUCCAUUCUAUUUCAAACACCCUGGGGUGGUCCUAAUCUUAUUACUGCUUUAUUAAAUCAAUCUCACUGCCAUCAACCAAAAAUACUCCUUUUAUAAUUGAAGUUAAAACCAUCAACCAGGUGGAAAUCCUAUUGUUUUGGGGAAUCAAGAAUCUAUAAAAAGCCAGCCUUGGCACUCACACAUUGGUUCAGUCUAAACUGAGGCAGGGAUGGAUGCUGUCGGAUUUCAUACUGACCUUUUGAGACAUACUGAUCACCCCCAACAUGCCAGACAGCCUUGUGAGCCACUGUCAAUCCCCUCAUCCCCUGACUGGUAAGAAAAUGCCUUCCCUUGGCCUUGUUACAAACUUUCAUUUCAUUAGUCCCUCUGUGUGAUUAUUUUGUGAAUACAGCUACAAAAACUAUUUGAGAUCCCCUCUGGAGUUCCGUGCAAUUUGGAACCGGUAUUAAAAGGGUUAAGAGCCCAAGGCUGAAUGUUGCCGCGAUCAAAAUCUAAUUUUAUUUGAGCUGUUAAACUUCUCCCAAGGCAUGCUAUUUGUGGAUGCCUUCUCUGGACCCCCAGCUUUUGGGUAACACUAUGUUGCCAUUCAACAACUAGUUUAACAGUCUACUCUAAUUGGGACUAAAAACCUGACUUCCAACCACUGGGUCACUGGUCAGUCAUGAUCUUGGCAUCUGAAAAAUUACAACUUAUCAAGAAAACUGCUAACUAUAUUUGUCUAUUGAAUGCAUCAUUUUUCUGUGUAAAUACUUUUGUCAGGUUUGCUCACAAGAUGUAUGAAUCAGCUUCUGUGUUGGAAUGUGUACAACUUAAUUCUCCAUACAAAGUUUUUAUUACAUUUGCAUGCUGUUAUGUAUCGGUUCCAGCAUCUAAACAUUGGCGGUGCGUUUUAA